AUGGCCAGACUGCCGGCGAACGAGCCCAGGCGGCAGCCACAAGCCCAGCAGCCGCCCCGCGCCUCCCCCAUGAGCAGCGGCAGCGGCGGCGGCAGCUCGGAGCCCGAGGGCAUGAAGGAUCUGGACGCGAUCAAGCUUUUUGUGGGCCAGAUCCCCCGCAACCUCGAGGAGAAGGAUCUGAAGCCCCUCUUCGAGCAGUUCGGCCAAAUCUACGAGCUCACGGUGCUCAAAGAUCGCUACACCGGCAUGCACAAGGGUUGUGCCUUCCUUACCUACUGUGCCCGAGAUUCCGCCAUCAAAGCUCAGAUGGCUCUGCAUGAACAGAAGACACUUCCGGGGAUGGCACGUCCAAUCCAGGUGAAGCCUGCGGACAGCGAAAGCCGUGGAGGUAGGGACAGGAAGCUCUUUGUGGGCAUGUUGAACAAGCAGCAGUCGGAGGAAGACAUUCUCCGCCUCUUCGAACCGUUCGGUGUCAUCGAUGAAUGCACGGUGCUCCGAGGGCCCGAUGGCAACAGCAAAGGCUGUGCCUUUGUUAAAUUCUCCUCUCACACGGAGGCCCAAGCAGCGAUCCACGCCCUCCAUGGCAGCCAAACUAUGCCCGGCGCUUCCUCCAGCCUCGUGGUGAAAUUCGCGGACACUGACAAGGAGCGGACGCUGCGCCGUAUGCAACAGAUGGUGGGGCAGCUGGGCAUCCUCACGCCAUCCUUCGCCUUGCCCUUCAGCCCGUACAGCGCAUACGCUCAGGCGCUGAUGCAGCAGCAAACGGUCCUCUCAGCAUCUCAUGGCAGCUUCGUCAGCCCUAGCCUCACUUUUUCCCCGUGCCAUAUCCAGCAAAUUGGGACUGUCAGCUUGAACGGCCUGCCAGCCACUCCUAUUACGCAAACCUCAGGGCUACAUUCGCCUCCUCUCUUGGGCACAGCUGCUGUCCCGGGGCUGGUCACACCCAUCGGCAACAGCUUCGCCGGAGUGGUGCCCAUCCCAAGCAGCCACCCCACCCUGGAGGCGGUCUAUGCGAAUGGGCUUGUGCCCUGCACAGCCCAGAACCCAUCGGUAGCAGAGACUCUGCAUCCAGCCUUCACCGGAGUCCAGCAGUAUGCAGCCGUCUACCCAGCCACGACCAUCACCCCAGUAGCUCAGGCGAUUCCGCAGCCGCUUCCAAUAAUUCAGCAACAGCAGCGUGAAGGUCCGGAAGGAUGCAAUCUCUUUAUCUACCAUCUCCCUCAAGAGUUUGGUGACAACGAGCUGAUGCAAAUGUUCCUUCCUUUUGGGAAUAUCAUCUCCUCCAAAGUGUUCAUGGACCGGGCCACGAACCAGAGCAAAUGUUUUGGUUUUGUGAGUUUUGACAACCCGUCCAGUGCCCAGACAGCCAUCCAGGCUAUGAACGGAUUCCAGAUUGGCAUGAAAAGGUUGAAGGUGCAGCUGAAGCGGCCCAAGGAUGCUAGCCACCCCUACUGA